CUCGGGUCAAUCCAUCCAUUCAUCACAAACUCAGUUUUCUAACUCUGCGGCACGCUAGCUCUAGCUCCUCCGACCUCCAAGACGCUCGGCGAUCUCCUCUGCUUGUCACCCCUUCCAGCAGCUAGCUACCUGACUAUCGGUGCCAUGGCAACAAGAUUUGUCGCCAUCGCGGCCGUGAUGGCAGCGGCCAUCUUCGGCGUGGCGUCGGCGGCGACCUACAACGUCGGCGAGCCGGGCGGGUCUUGGAACCUGCAGACUAACUACACCAACUGGGCUGCCUCCAAGCGGUUCCACCCGGGCGACCAGAUCGUGUUCAAGUACUCGCCGCAGGCGCACGACGUGGUGGAGGUGAGCAAGGCGGACUACGACGCCUGCUCCAACGCUAGGCCCAUCAACACCCACACCUCCGGCAACGACGCCAUCGCUCUGACCUCCGCCGGCACGCGCUACUUCAUCUGCGGCUUCCCCGACCACUGCGCCGGGGGCAUGAAGCUCCAGGUCGACGUCGUGCCCAGCGCCACCUCCCUCGCCCCGGCCGGCGCUCCCGGCGCCAAUGCCCCGGCCUCUCCGUCCACGCCCGGUUCCGCCGCUACCAAGGCCACCGCCACCGGCUUCGCUCUCGCCGGUGUCUUGAUCGCCGCCGGCCUCAUGGCUUAAUUAAUCAGUUGCCUUUGCUUUGCUAAAGCCAUACGUAUAUACGCACAUGAAUGUUUGUAUUUAGUUAUGAAUUGUCAUUGAUUGUUGUAUUCUUUUUUGAGAGAGGUCGUACGAGAACUAUACAUGUAUAUGUACGUAUAGGGAGAUGAGAUUAUGUAUAAUAAUAAUAAAAUGGAUGAUUGGAUGGUCA